GCAAAGCCAAAUGCUGGGUGGAGGUGGCGGCGGUGGUGGAGGAGGAGGAGGUGAUGGAAGUGGAGCAAUGGGAGAGAUGGGUGCAGGAGGGGGAAGUACGCCACAGAAAUUGACUACAAGUGAUGCCUUGAUGUAUCUAAAGGAAGUCAAGGAGAUGUUUCAGGAUCAAAAGGAGAAGUACGACAUGUUCCUUGAAGUCAUGAAGGAUUUCAAGGCUCAAAGAACUGACACAGUUGGUGUCAUUGCUCGAGUAAAAGAAUUAUUCCGAGGGCAUAACAACUUGAUUUAUGGAUUUAAUACCUUUCUGCCAAAGGGCUAUGAAAUAACCCUUGAAGAGGAAGAGGCUCUUCCUAAAAAGACUGUUGAAUUUGACGAAGCAAUCAGUUUCGUAAACAAAAUAAAGGUAAAGUCAUUGUGGCGUAACCUUCCACCUUACUGUUGGACAUGUUCAGUCAUCUAAUUAUCCAUUUUACCAAGCAGAAACGUUUCCAACAU